AUGUCUGUUAUAAUUCGGGUCAGAUCUAGAACUAUUUUAUUGAAAGUAGAACAGCUUUGGUACCACUUUUUGGAGAUAAAGGAGCCCUGGCUUCCUGACCCCUCCAAAUUCUUUACAGUUAAUGUUGGAGGAUUGAAGAAUGUUAUACAGGCCUGUAAGGAGACCACAUCAAUUCAGAAAAUUAUUUAUACGUCGUCGUUUUUCGCAUUGGGAUCUACUGACGGAUAUAUUGCAGAUGAAACUCAAGUGCAUCCCGGUAAACAUUUCUGCACAGAGUACGAAAGAUCGAAGGCAAUGGCUGAUAAAAUUGGUAUGGAAGCUGCAUCCGAGGGUUUGCCGAUAGUGCUGAUUUACCCAGGAGUUAUAUAUGGUCCUGGCAAAGUGACAAAUGGAAACUUUGUUUCGCAGAUGCUUGUAGAACGCUUUAAUGGACGGCUACCUGGAUAUGUGGGAAAAGGAAAUGACAAGUUCUCUUUCUGUCAAGUUGAUGAUGUAGUUCAGGGGCACAUUGCUGCAGUGGACAAAGGUCGACCAGGAGAAAGGUAUCUUCUUACCGGAGAAAAUAUGUCAUUCAGAGAUGUAUUUGAUUUAGCUGCUAGCAUCACUAAGACGGCAAAACCUUGGUUCACCAUACCACUAUCUAUUGUUGAGGUAUAUGGAAGGCUAUCUGUUAUCGGUGCUCGAAUAACUGGAAAGCUUCCCAUAGUCAGUCCCCCGGUAUGUCUCUGUCGUGAAACAAGUUUUUACUACCAUGCCAAUUCUUGAUACUGUUUAGCAUAUGUGAUCCUUU